AUGACUAGUCCAUUGAAAUCAGAAACUCCUAUGACAGGGGAAUUGGCGACAACGCCAUUUUUUCAACAACAAGCAGACAACUCAAAUUUGAAUAUUGAUAAGGAACAUUUUAACUAUCAAUCAACUAAUCCAACAGAUAAAGAUCAUGUACAACAAGGUGGCACAAACAAUGAUAUACUACCGCAAGACUUGUUAGACAUAGAUUCAAACUUACAAUACCUAAAUACACAAUCGGAUGCUUCAAACACAAAUACCACUGAAUUUCAAAUGAAUAAUGAUUUAAUGGAUAUUGAUCAAUUACCAAGUGAUUUAACGACUGACCAAUCCACUUCGCCAAAGAAAACAGAGCUACAAGAUGGGGCACAAGUAGACUCUCAUUUAUCCACUCAAGAACAACCAAAAGAAGAAGAUGAUCCAAUUAUCAAAAUUAAACAAAUUGAACUACUACCAGACCUAUACAAAAUUCUAUACAAUAUCUCUCAAAAUAAAGCAUCAUCGAAAGAUUUCGUUAAUUUGUCAAGUCUAACAAGAUCCAAGAUCAAUAAUUUGAAGAAUAUAAUUAAAGAAAUUGAUGGAAUUAAUAUUUCACCAAAUAUUAUGAUGGAAAAAAUUCAAUUGAUUCAUGAAAACAACCUCAAAAAACAAGAAUUGAUGAAUUCUUUGAUAUUGAAAGUCAAUGAGAAAUUUUCGUAG